AUGGCCGAGAAAGACAACGGCAUGACCGUCGUGAGACCCAGUGCGAUCCUGUGGCCCGCCAUGAAGGUCGGGGCGUUCUCCGGCAAGUUGUUUCUGGCGCAUUUGGUGUCGCCUUCGGAGGAGCGACGGGAAUCGUACGCUCGACAGCACCUGGACUCUUUGCCGCCGCCGCAGGCAUUCAAUGCUGCUCGUGAUGCGCAGCUGCAUGCGAACGGUAUCCGUAACUGGUGGCUCGUAAGGCAGAAUGGAAAGCCCAGUUCACUAGCAAUCGAUGCGAAAACGACGCAAGAUCGGAUUCGCGCAAGCGCCGUUGCUGGUGCUGUAACUGGCGGAUUAGCUGGCGCAAGCCGAGGACGUGCAAAUGUGGUGCCUGGUAUCAUCAUGUUCGGGAUCUUCGGCUUUGCGGGCCAGAAGCUUUACAACCUGGCUGAUGCUAAGCGCAUCGAGGAAGAAGAAGCCAAAAUGUCCCCGGGCUACAAAAAGGACAGCUUCUGGAAAAGAGUCGCCAACUCGAAGUGGAGCCCUAUGAAGGUUCUCUCGGACGAAGAGUAUGAAGCAAUGCUCCAGGAAAAGCUUCUCAGCGUUGAGGCAGAAAUCGCCAUCAUGGAUGAUAACAUAAAAAAGCUGAGAGAAGCGGCGGGCAAAGGCAGCGACUCCAAAUAG